AUGGCUUCGACUCAAGCCGCCAGCAUUCCGGCGGGGAUGGAAAAUUUCACCGUCGGGCUGAUUGGCAUGGGCGACAUGGGAAGGAUGUACGCCGAGAAAUUGUCUGAAGCUGGCUGGAGAUUCUGUCUCUUCCUCAAGAAGAACAUUGAGAUUCUGCGCAACGGCCAUCUCGUCUCCCGUGCGAGCGACUACAUCAUCUACAGUGUUGAAGCCGCCUUUAUUGAUCGUGUGAUUGCUCAAUAUGGACCUUCAACCAAGAUGGGCGCCAUCGUCGGCGGCCAAACAUCCUGCAAAUCCCCCGAGAUCGCCGCCUUCGAAGCCCACCUCCCCUCAGACGUCUAUAUCCUCUCCUGCCAUUCGCUCCACGGGCCCGGCGUCGACCCCAAAGGCCAGCCCCUGGUGCUCAUCCAGCAUCGCGCCCCCGACGAGGCCCUGCACAAGGUCGAAGCCGUCCUGAGCUGUCUGCAGUCCAAGUUUGUCUACCUCACCGCCAAGGAGCACGACCGCAUCACCGCCGACACACAAGCUGUAACCCACGCCGCGUUUCUAUCCAUGGGAAAAGCAUGGCACGCCAACGAGCAGUACCCCUGGGAGCUUAGCCGCUACAUCGGCGGCCUCGAAAACGUGAAGAUGAACAUCAUGCUGCGCAUCUACUCCCAGAAAUGGCACGUCUACGCCGGCCUCGCCAUCCUCAACCCCGAAGCCCGUGACCAAGUCGCCCAGUACGCCAAAUCCGUCACCGAGCUCUACAAGCUCAUGCUGGAAGGCAACCUCGAGGGUCUCAAGGCCCGCAUCUACGCCGCCCGCGACAAAGUCUUCUUCGGGCCCUCCAAGACCUGGGCCAACCGCCCCCUCCUCGAGGCCUCCAUCCUCACAUCCUUCUCCCUCGGCACCCUCACGGCCGAAACGCCCGCCCGCCCCAACAACCACCUCUCGCUGCUCGCCAUGGUCGACUGCUGGGCCGAGCUGGGCAUCGUGCCCUACGACCAUAUGCUCUGCAGCACGCCGCUGUUCCGCCUGCGUUUGGGGGUUACGGAGCACCUCUUCCGCAACACCGAGAUGCUCGACGAGACGCUGCGCACGGCCACCGAGGACAAGCGCUACCGCAGUGACGACCUGGAGUUUACCUUUGCCGCGAGGGGCUGGGCCGAGUGCGUCACGCUGGGGCACUUUGAAACGUGGGAGAAGCGGUUCGUGAGCACGCAGGAGUUUUUCCAGCCGCGGUUUGCGGACGCGAAGAAGGUUGGUGAUGAGAUGAUGAAGAAGGUGCAGGCGAGCAUGGAUGAGAAUCUCAAGUUGGAUGAGAAAUGA